AAAUGAUGAGAGGUUUAAAGGUGCAUUUUGUGCCUGGUUGGGAUUGCCAUGGAUUGCCCAUUGAACUAAAAGCACUUUCAGAACUUGGAGAAAAAGCUCAGAAUCUUUCACCAAUGGAAAUUAGAAAGAAAGGACAUGAUUUAUAGAGCUUAUAAACCUGUAUUUUGGUCUCCUUCAGCAAGGACUGCAUUAGCUGAAGCUGAACUUGAAUAUAAUCCCAAGCAUAUCAGCCGUUCUGUAUAUGUCAAGUUCCCACUUGUGAAACCUCCUCCUUUGCUGGCCUCUGUGUUAGAUGGUUUAUCACCUGUCAGUGCAAUAAUCUGGACCACACAGCCUUGGACUAUUCCUGCCAACCAGGCUGUUUGCUAUAUGCCAGAAGCUAAGUAUUCCAUCAUCAAAUGUGCCAACUCUGGAGAAUUCUAUAUAGUGGGUGCUGAUAAAGUACAAUCUACAGCUACUGCUUUGGGAACACAAUUUGAGGUUAUUUCAACAUUUUUAGGAGCUGAUUUGGAAAGUGCUUCUUGUGCGCAUCCUACAAUUGCUGACAAAGUCUCUCCACUCUUACCUGCUAAUCAUGUGACUAUGUCCAAAGGCACAGGAUUGGUUCAUACAGCUCCAGCUCAUGGGAUGGAAGAUUACAGUGUGGCUUCCAUGCACAAGCUGCCCACGGAUUGUUUGGUGGAUGAAAAUGGGAUUUUCACAGAAGCUGCAGGACGUGAACUUCAGAACAAGAAUGUACUUGAAGAAGGAGUUGAUAUUGUGAUAAAGAUGCUUGAAUCUACCAAGAAUUUGCUGAAGGAGGAGCAAGUUACACAUAGUUAUCCCUAUGACUGGAGGACAAAGAAACCUGUGAUUAUUCGCCCUAGUAUGCAGUGGUUUAUAAAGAUAGAAAAUAUGUUUGCUUCAGCCCAGGAAUCAUUAAAAAAGGUGAAGUUUCUUCCUGCAUCAGCAAUGAAUAGUAUGGUGGACACAAUGGAGAGACGACCAUUUUGGUGUAUCUCAAGGCAAAGGACUUGGGGUGUUCCAAUUCCUGUGUUCCAUCACAAGACAAAAGAUGAAAUCUUGAUCAACAGUCAAACAAUUGAGCACCUUGUUAAACUAGUAGAAAAACAUGGAAGUGAUAUCUGGUGGACUCUUCCUCCUGAGGAGCUUCUGCCCAAAGAAAUCUUAGCUAAGCUUGGUGGACCUGAUAAACUGGAAUAUGUACCAGGUCAGGAUAUCUUGGACAUCUGGUUUGAAAGUGGAACUUCAUGGAAUUGUGUUCUUCAAGGUCCAGAACAAAGGGCAGAUUUGUACUUGGAGGGAAAGGACCAGCUUGGAGGUUGGUUUCAUUCUUCCUUAUUAAUUAGUGUGGCAACAAGGAAAAAGGCCCCUUUUAAAACUGUUUUGGUUCAUGGAUUUACUGUGGGUGAAAAAGGAGAAAAGAUGUCUAAAUCUCUUGGAAAUGUAAUUAGCCCAGAUUUUGUCAUCAAUGGAGGCGAAGAUUUAAGCAAAGAUCCUCCCUAUGGCGUAGAUAUUCUUCGAUGGUGGAUAGCUGAAUCGAAUAUCUUCAAUGAAGUGAAAAUUGGGCCACGUAUACUUAAUGCAGCGAGAGAUGAUAUCAACAAGCUUAGGAAUACACUUCGCUUCCUUUUGGGAAAUUUGGCUGAUUUCAAUCCAGAGACAGAUGCUGUCUCCAUUAAAAACAUGUAUAUUAUAGACCAGUACAUGUUACAUUUACUUCAAGAUUUUGGAAACAAGAUUACUGAAGCAUACAGGCAAUUUGAUUUUGGGAAAGUUGUUCGACUUCUGCAAGCAUUUUAUCCUAGUCAACUCUCUAACUUUUAUUUUAGCAUAGUCAAAGAUAGGCUCUAUUGUGAAAAAGAAGACGACCCCAAAAGACGGUCCUGUCAGACGGCCUUGGCCGAGAUUUUGGAUGUGAUGGUGCGCUCCAUCGCCCCCAUUCUCCCUCAUUUGGCUGAAGAGGUGUAUCAGCACAUCCCCUACGAGAAAGAACCCAAAAGUGUGUUUCGUUCUGGAUGGAUUAGUACAAGUUCUCUUUGGAAGAAACCGGGGUUAGAGGAAGCAGUGGAGUCAGCAUGUUCAAUGAGAGAUGCAUUUCUUGGCAGUAUCCCUGGCCAGAAUCCUGUGGCAUUUGAAAUUAUCAUUGUGUUGGAGCCUGGACUACUCUUUGAAAUAUUUGAGAUGCUCCACCCUGAGGACGUUUCUGAAACAUCUGAGUUAAAUGAACUAAUGAUGGCUUCAAAAACAACUCUGUUGACUCAAGAUCCUAUAGCAAUACCUGCAGAUGCAACUGAACUUAGAGGGAACUAUUUGAUCAACUUAGAAGGUGGAGAUAUUCGUGAAGAGACUUCAUAUAAAGUCAUUGUCGUACCAGCUACCAAAGAAAAGUGUCCCCGUUGUUGGAAGUACACAUCUGAUUCUCCAGACCAAACCUGUCCCCGUUGCACUAAAGUUCUUGAAAAUAGCUAAUUCACAUAAAGAAUGUUUCACUUUGUUACAGUGAAGAGCCUCUGAGCUUUGAUAUUUCUAGUAGCUUAUCUGGAUUCUUCGUCAGUGCAGGUGGUGGAAAGGAACAGCAUUUUGAACAGGUGUAUACUCAGGCUUGAGCCUCUUCUUGUUGUGGCCUAGAUUUUAAAUUAUUUUUUUCCAGCAAAAUGGAAGAUAUGGAUGAUAGUAAAAGUGAAAAUCACGGUAUUUUAAAAUUUCACAUAACUAAAAUAAAAUUUUCCUAUAAAGACUUAA